CAGGAAUGUUUACACUGGUUACAGGAAACAAAUGUUGCAUGGGCAGGUUGAAAUUUUCGGUUUUCUUAUUAAUCUUUUAUAGUCCGUCCCUGACAAGCUGAGUCCCGCAGAGGCUGUUCAUGGCUCGUGUACCUGAUGAUGGGGAUAGUGGGUUCUUGAAGGCCUAUGAGCCCCCACAGUCGUUAUGGAAACUGGUAGAGGAGUACGUACCUUUAGCUGAACUUCCAGAAAUAAAAAGCAUUUUGGGAGAAACGCUGGUUGACCUGAGUUUGGAGAUGCACAAAGAGGUGGAGACAUGGUUAGGAAUCAGGCGAGACAUGCAGUCUAAAAGUUUCAGCCAAUCUCAGGCUCAAAUCUCCUGUCCAGUCUUAGCCGACCCCCCUGUCAUCAAAGAAAUGCUCAAACUGGAGAUUCGCCUGUUGCUGCUCAACAUCCGUGAAAAAGCUUGCAAAGAGGGCAGGGAUGAAAACAAAGUAUUGAUGAACUACAACCCCUGUGUGGUAAGCUUUGUGAUGGGCAGCAGUAAGCCUGCCAGUCGACUGGGCAGGGCAGGUAGUACCAGGAGUUCAUGUAACAGCAGGCCCCAAACAACAAACAGCAAAAGGGAAGAGCGGCCUUUUUCUAGCCUCUCAACAAGCUCCAGUAUUGAAGAUGACAUUGACGGCAUAAAGGAAAAGCUAAAUGUAGUUCAGAUUGACGAAGUUGUGACGCAUCUGAAGUUCAUCUUACAGGAAGAAUGCAACACUUUGGAAAAGGAUGUUCAGUUCUUACAGGAGUGUGUAGAAGGUGAACAUCAAUACAGGUCAGAGGUCACAGAAAUGAGACGAGAACCUUCCGUGUCAGAGUUGAAAGAGGAAAGAAAAGUAAUUGAACAGGACCUGCAGCUCAGAGUGUGCACUCAGAUUCCUCCACUGUCCUACAAAGCACCGGUCUGCAGAUCUGUACAGACAGUGUCCGGGACUCUUCAACCAAUAGAGGGUCCACCAGCCGAGGUUUUAAACAGAAUCUUCUCAGCACCUGUUUCAUCUCGGAACUAUCCGGCACACACACCACAGAAACAUGGCUCACCAAGUGUUGCUAUUAACAGAACAACUUGCCAGCCAAGUCCCUCUUCAGGAGCUGGCCACCUCCACCAAGCUAUGGAGUCAAUGCAGGCAUUCAAAUCUUCAUGUGGCCAUGGUGAGGCGUCACUUAGGGCGUGUGCCUGGAAAGCGGAUAUUCCAAGUCCUUCUGCAAACGGCUUAAGUCAAACAGUUUUACCAGGAGGUCAUGUUAAGUGUCUUACCUCCGACAAUCGGAAAGGCUUUGAUCCUGCAUUGUACUGCAGUCUGAUUCGAUCAGGCAUAGAAACUGACCAGCCCACAGACACCCAGCAAAGGAGACACAGUUUUCAUUCAGUUCUGACUCUAGACACCAACGCAAAACACAUCACACAGGCUUUACCAUCAAGAUUUACAUUAACACUUGACGCAGAGCCAGCUUCUAAGACUUUAGUGAAAGCUUUUGUACCAACCCCCCCUGUUGCUGGGAGGCCAGCUGGCAGACCUCACUGUGCCUCCAGAAGGGCACGACUGCUCCAUGCAGACAGCCUCGCUGGCAGCUCUUGAGUAUUACAAAUGACAGGUAACACUGAAUUUUUGGAUGAUAUUUGUAAUUAAACACAUAAUUUGUGUAUUUACAAUGUACUUGCUAUGUAACUACAUUAUAGCUAUAUGCAAAAGAUGUUUUCUAAUUUGUGAUUGUGAUUGGUUUCUACAGUUUUUUUUGUUUGUUUGUUUGUUUAAUAUAUCAAGUUUGUAUGUUAACCAAAACAAGGAAAGUGCUUAUGUAGCUAAAUGGCUGACAUACUGUAGGUUGCCACAUAUUAGGUACAAUGAAAAAACCUUGUAAUGACAUGUAGAUAUGGUGUAAUUAUCAGGUACCAAGUUCUAUGACAUUGUUAUUGUCAUAAUGUUUGGGAAUCUAGCUCUUCGUAGUAAAAUGUAUUGUUGUUGUUGUUGUUGUUAAUAUAUUUUUUUUUUAAAAAAGCAGUAAGCAUUUUAUAUUAUUUUCCUUUCAGUAGUUUAUCAUUUUACUGUAUUUGCUUGAGUAUAAGUCGAGAAAUUUAAACCCAAAACACAAUCCUGAAGUUGGUGGGGUCAACUAAUACAUGAGCAAACAUGAACCGAUCUAUAAUUUAUAGUAAAAGCCUAUAUUUGCUGAUUGUGAUGACCAGUGGUAGCAUGAACGCUAGGAGGGACAUAAUAAUAAUAAUAAUAAUAAUAAUAAUAACGGGGCGCCUGCAGGGACUAUAGGGUAGUACAGAGAAGGCAGAAACAAGGUGUUAGUGCGACAGUAAUGGGCGAAGGGGGCCCGACUUGGAGAAGUGGACUUCGGCCCGGACUUCUGAACAGACUGCGGUCUAGAUAGAAAAGAGAUCCCCACCAGAGAGCCGUCCUCUGGGGAGGAGAGGGCUUGGUCUUGAAGGCUGCAGCCAUGGGGAUCAGAAAACAUAAGAAAACUCUGACACGGCAGAGUAGCCUCACAGGGCGAGAAUAGGUCUCGCUGACCUGAAAGGAAGUAAUAGUAAAGGGUUCCCUGACCAAUGUGGUGCUGCCCUCGAAUGAGGUGAGGCUGCGGUCUCCGAAGCCGAGAGCGGAGGGGUGUCCCGCAGGGAACCUAUAAAGAACGAGAAUAGAUGGGUUAGUUGGGACUCAAGCACUGAGAUUAAAGCGGGCAACGUCCCAAAAUGUUAAAUAUAGGAUAGAGCCUCACUGCGGUGAGGUAAGAUAAGCGCAAAAGGAUAGUGGCCGGGGGGGGGGAAAUAUAACCUAAUCUCACCCUCACAAUGGGGGGGGUCGACUUUUACACGAGAUCGACUGUUACUGCAGCAAAUACGGUAGGUUUUUGUUUCCAAUUAAAAAUGAUUCAUGCCAACCAUAAUAUGUAGCAUUUCUUUUAAACAGUUUGUUUCUUAUGUGGAAGAACAAACAAGUACUCUGCCAAGUGAAUUACUUCUUAAAAACAAUAACAUUUUAUCUUUGUCUGUGGCACAAUGUUCUUACUUAGCCGCUCAAUUUGAUAACUGACAGUUGCUUCCAAUAGUGAAAUUAUUUUGUGUCUCAUUGUAAGGAAACUGUGCUUAUCACAAUGUGUACUGGUAUGUCAAGACUCUUAAAAAUAAAUGUUUAAACUCAUUAAGUUCACAUUGUCUGCUGAAUGGCAAGAUAUAAAAACAAAAAGAAAAAAUAACUGAGCCAAACAAAACUGACUUUAUA